AUGAAGACUAGUACUCGAUUAAGAGCCUCCUCCUCCUCUUCCACUCCUUUAGCUCAUUCAUGGACUUACGAUGUCUUUAUAUGUUAUAGAGGCGCGGAUACACGCUAUCAUUUUGCAGACCAUUUGUAUAGCAAUUUGCUUCAAAAGGGAAUCAAAACAUUCCUAGCUGAUGAGGUCCUGAAUAGAGGAGAGGAACUUACAUUGCCAAUGAUUUUCCAAGCGAUUGGAGAGUCAAGGAUUUCUGUCAUUUUAUUCUCUGAAAAUUUUGCGUCCUCGGAGUGGUGCUUGGAUGAACUCGUUGAGAUCAUGCAAUGUAAACAAUCAACGAAUCAAAUUGUUUGGCCAAUUUAUUAUAAGGUGGAUCCGUCAGAUGUAAGAAACCAGCAUGGUAGUUUUGGUGAGGCACUUGUUAACCAUGAAUCUAAAUUCGAGGAUGACAUGGAGAAGGUGAUGAGGUGGAGAACAGCCCUUAAUGAUGCAGCAAACUUGGCUGCGUGGAUUUUCGGGGACGGGCGCGAGUCUACAUUUAUUGAAAACAUCAUUGAAGAGAUUUCAGUACAAGUGUUAAAUCGUACCUAUUUGAAUGUGGCUAAGUAUCUUGUUGGCAUAGAAUCUCGAACACAAGAUAUCUAUCAACUUUUAGGUGUUGAAGUAGAUGAUGUUUGCACCGUAGGUAUAUGUGGGAUUGCUGGAAUAGGCAAGACAACGUUAGCCAAAGCAGUUUAUAAUUCAAUUGUCCAUAAGUUUGAAGUUGGCUAUUUUCUGGAGUGUGUUCAGGACAAUUCAACUACACAUGGAGGGCCAAUCCAACCACAAAAGAUAUUUGAGAUUUUAGAAGGGAAGCAGAUGGAGGUCGCCAAUAUUGAUGAACAAAUCAGCAUGAUAAGGGAUAUGUUGAGAGACAAAAGGGUUCUCUUGAUUAUUGAUGAUGUGAAACAAAUGGAUGAGUUAAGCAUAUUAAUUGGAGGAUCUGAGUCGUUCGGCUUGGGUAGUAGAAUUAUCAUCACAACUAGAGAUAAGAAUCUACUAACUUCUCAUCAAGUUAAUUACCUGAUGCACGAGGUCAAGGAAUUAGAUUUUGGUGAAGUGUUGGAGCUCUUUAGUUGGAAUGCUUUCCAAAGUAAACUGCCUCAUGAUUAUGCCAAACUCGCACCUACAAUUGUACACUAUGCUCAGGGGAUUCCAUUAGGUCUCAUAGUUUUAGGAUCACUUCUACGUGGUAAAACUAUAGAUGAAUGGAAAACAAUUUUCGAUGGUUACCAAAGAGCAUCUAGCUUGAGGAUUCAAGAAAUUCUUAAGAUAAGUUACAAUGCACUGGAAGACUCGGUCAAGGAAGUAUUUCUUCACAUUGCAUGUUUCUUAAAUGGUAAAGAUAAGAACUAUGUGAAAAAAAUGCUAGAUAGUUUCCACCACAACCCAGAAUAUGGUAUUGAAGUACUCAAGGAAAAGUCUCUGAUAUCUAUCGAUGAAAAUCAUAUCCAGAUGAUUGAUUUGUUAGAAGAAAUGGGCAAAGAAAUAGUUCAACAAGAGUCACUAUUGAAGCUUGAACGUCCUAGGAGAGUAUGGUUCAAUGAUUUUAACCAUAUUCUACUGGAGAACACUGAUAGAAAUAGACUGAAUUUACUGAAGAAAGACAUUGUGAUCAAGAUGCCCAGACCAAAUGAUUUAUACUUGACUGCUAAAAGUUUCUCAAAGGCUACUUCAGCAGAUUGGACCUAUUUGCUCGUUGGUCUCAUCCUAGAGAUUUCUUCCGUGUUCUUUGAUCAGGAAUCAUCUCCAAGUAAGCCCUUGAAUGCUUUCUUUGGUAUGCUCUUAGCCAUUGCAUCUCUACUCACUUGCAUAUGUGAGCUCAUUCACAAGGGUAUAAAGGAAAGAGUUGUACUGAGGCGUUGUGGCACGUUAUGGUGGUUUCGUUAUCCCAAUUCUCGUUAUGUACUAUUUGGUAACCUUCGUGAUUGCUUCGGAUUACUUGGUAGCAUCUUUCAGUGCAUUUGCUCGACGAUUCAAUAUGUUUACUACAUUCGCUGUGGUACAAAUCCAAUCAAGGUCUCCCUUUUGCCUGCCAUCUUUCUUAUAUGUGUGGCGCUGUUGAAUUCAAGUACUCGUAAGGAUGAGAUCAUUGAACAAAAUGAUUAG